AUGGAGGAUGGCCCUGUCAACGGCGCUGCUGAGAAUGGCACCUCCAUGGCCACGGACACGGGCAUCGUGUUUCCCCCUCCCAGAGACGCGGCCAAGGUCCCCGUCUCGAAGGCCAAGAUCCAAGCUACGCCUACUUUUUGUGCCGGGGACAAGGUGGACGUGACGGAGGUGAACAACUACCUCCAGCACUACGGCUACAUGCCGCUGUCACCGUCGUCGUCGUCCGCCGCUGCUUCUGGCGCCGAGGCAGGCCCCGUCGGCGAGGACACAGCCGCCGCCCUCCGCGCGUUCCAGGAGUUCUUCAAGCUCAAGGUCGACGGCGUCUUCGGGCCGGAGACUCGCAGCGCCAUGGCCGAAGACCGCUGCGGCUUCCCGGACCUCACGCAGUCCGUCGACUUCACCGUGCUGGGCCCCUGGAAGGACCGCAACAUCCGCUACACCUUCGGCGCGCAGUCGUCGCAGCUCCCCGCCGAGACGUGCAAGGCCGCGAUCCGGCGCGCGCUCAAGACGUGGGCCGACGCGGGCGUGGGGCUGACCUUCACCGAGGUGGCCGCGGCGCAGAGCCCCGAGGUGUUUGUCGAGUUCCGCCCGGCCAACGACCCGGACCACUCCAUGGUCGGCGGCGUGCUGGCGCAUGCCGACUUCCCGCCGGGGUACUCCGUCAUCGUCAAGGGCUUGCCCCUGCCGGUGCAUUAUGAUGACCAGGAGCACAAGUGGGUGGAUGGCGCGGUCGCGGGGGCGUUUGACAUUGAGACGGUUGGGUUGCAUGAGUUUGGGCAUAUUCUGGGGCUUGCGCACUCGAGCGUCGCGGGGGCGGUCAUGUAUCCGUCUGUGUCGUCGAAUCUCACCAAGAGGUCCCUGACGGAGGAUGACCGGCUGGCGAUUCGCAACCUGUACCCGGCGUGGCGCUUCCUCGGCGGGCUCUACUACGGCACCCCCGCCGUCGUCUCCUGGGCACCGGGCCGGACCGACGUCUUCGUCCGGGGCACCAACAACGCCGUCUACCACAAGUGGCAAGCCGGCGGCGGCGGCUCCGGCUGGUCCCCCGGCGAGACGGCAUACGAGAGCCUCGGCGGCACCAUCUACGGGGACGUAACCGCCGUGUCGUGGGGCCCGAACCGCAUCGACCUAUUCGCGCUGGGCACCGACAACGCCUGCUGGCACAAGUGGUGGGACGGCAGCGCGUGGCGCGGAUGGGAAUCCCUCGGCGGCGGCAUCAUCGGGGACAUCUGCGCCGUGUCGUGGGGCGCCAACCGGCUGGACCUGUUCGUGCGGGGGAUGAACAACGGCGUGUACCACAAGGCGUGGAACGGCAGCGCGUGGACGCCCAGCGUCACCGGGUGGACGCAUCUGGGGGGCACCAUCGUGGGCAGCCCCCGCGCCGUCAGCUGGGCGCCCGGCCGCAUCGACGUGCUCGUCCGCGGGACCAACAACGCCGUCUACCAGAAGACGUGGAGCGGCAGCGCCUGGCUGCCCUCGGUGCUGGGCUGGCAGCCCCUCGGCGGGACGGUCAUGGACGACGUCACGCCCGUGGCCAAGGCGCCGAACCGCCUGGACCUGUUUGUGCGCGGGACGAACAACGCCGUGUACCAGAAGAGCUGGAACGGCAGCGCGUGGGUGCCGAGCGCGACGGGCUGGACGAGCCUGGGGGGCGUCGUCAUGUCGCGCCCGUCGGCGGCGGCGUGGGGCGGCGGGAGGAUCACCCUCGCCGCGCAGGGGACUAACAAUUCCGUCUACAAGAAGGAGUUUAACGGCUCGGCGUGGGCGGACUGGGAGUCCAUCGGCGGUGUGGUGACGGAUGCGCCGGUCGUGGACCCCCGGGGCGGGGACCGCGCGGCCGUGUACGCACGGGGGACGAACGCCUCGCUGUAUGCGUACGACUGA